UCAGUAAAUACACUUGGUUCGGUGUCCACAACUGGCACUGGUUUGGUGUUCACAACUGGCACUAGUUUGGUGCCCACAACUAGCACUAGUAUAGUGGGCACUUGUCUAGUAGACACUUGUCUGGUAGGCACUUGUCUGGUAGGCACUAGUCCAAUAGGCACUUGUUCAGUAAACACUUGUCUAGUAGGCAUUAAUAUGGUGGGCACUUGUUUGGUAGGCACUUGUCCAGUGGGCACUAGUAUGGUAGGCAUUUGUCCGGUAAGCACUAGUAUGGUGAGCACACUUGGUGGCUCCAGUAAUGUAUACUAA